GAUGGAUGGGAGACAUGCUGUUGGUUGGAGCUAUCCCAAUCUGUUCAGGGAUAACAGGGUUUCUGUUCCUGGCUGGUUUAUGUCACCAUGCAGCACUAUGGAGUGAACGGCUACUCCCUGCACGCCAUGAACUCGCUGAGUGCCAUGUACAACCUGCACCAGCAGGCAGCUCAGCAAGCCCAGCACGCCCCCGACUACCGGCCCUCGGUGCACGCCCUCACCCUGGCAGAGAGACUGGCUGACAUCAUUUUGGAGGCACGUUAUGGAUCCCAGCACCGCAAACAAAGGCGAAGUCGCACGGCUUUCACUGCCCAGCAGCUGGAGGCACUGGAGAAGACCUUCCAGAAGACUCACUACCCAGAUGUGGUGAUGAGAGAGCGGCUGGCUAUGUGCACAAACCUACCUGAAGCCAGAGUCCAGGUGUGGUUCAAGAACCGGAGAGCCAAGUUCCGGAAGAAGCAGCGGAGCCUGCAGAAAGAGCAGCUGCAGAAGCAGAAGGACUGUGAAGGGAACCACAGUGAGGGCAAGACGGAGCCGCCUGUGCUGGAGACCCAGGCCACCACCCCAGACACCGAGAAGGUCCAGAGCCUCCCCAGCGAGGUUGGCACAGACCUCAACCUGACCCUGUCAGAGCAGUCGGCCAGCGAGUCGGCACCAGAGGACCAGACCGACAGAGAGGAGGAGUUUAAGAGCACCUUGGAUGAGGCUAAAGUGGACAAGAGCCCUGGUGUGGACAGCAAGGCUUUGAACUGCAAGAGAGCGAGCCCAAAAGCAGAGUCCCCUAUCAGCGCGACUGUGACGCCUUCAUCCAGCAGUGGCCUGGCUCAGACUCACUCCUACUCCUCCUCACCCCUGAGCCUCUUCCGCCUGCAGGAGCAAUUCCGCCAGCACAUGGCAGCCACCAACAACCUGGUCCAUUACUCCUCCUUUGAAAUGGGGACACCGUCUGCCAUGCCCUACUUGGGCAUGAACGUCAACAUGGCGCCACUGAGCUCUCUGCACUGUCAGUCCUAUUACCAGUCGCUCUCCCACGCUCAGCAGGUCUGGUCCUCACCCAUCCUGCAGGCCUCCAGCUCCCUUCCAAGCCUGAACAGUAAAACGACGAGUAUUGAGAACCUAAGGCUCCGGGCAAAGCAGCACGCCGCGUCCCUCGGGCUCGACACCCUGCCCAACUGACUGCCAGAGGAGCUACCAUUGCCCACGAGAAGAUGCACCAGAGGUUGGCACUAGACAUGUCACUCCUUGAAUCCCCACGGACUCCCAUCUCUUCCUGGAGUAAGGUGCUCCCUUUCAGGGAAGACUUUGCAUUUAUUAACGUCUUAUUAGCACCACGAUUGCAUCAGACAUUGCUACCGGCCUGGUCUUCGCUAACUGUUUAAGGAGGAAGGGGGAGAGGAUUUAUGUUCAGACAGAUGAGCUGUCCUCUGGACUGCCAUGAGUUAAGCCUGAAACGUUCAGGAGGAGCCCCCUCUCCUCAUCCCCAAGAUAAGGUGCCAACUGUGUUAUAUUCACCUUUUUUUUGUUGUUGUUGCAUUCUUUGGGGAAAGAAAGAGCCCUGCUUUGUCUUGUAUAUAGUUUAUAAUGUUGACAGCACCCAUCACUCGUGUGUUACUGUCAGUGUUACAGAACUGUGACCUCUUUUGCUUUUAUUUCCCCUUCCUUCUCAAUUUUAGUAGCUAGUAUCAAAGUUACAAUCAGCCACCCUCCCAGCCUCAGCUGGUAGCUAGUUGCUCUUCUUGGGUCAGCAUCCUAAAGGUGUUUCUGAGGAAGAGAAAUGAUUGUGCACUUCACCACUCCACUUCUCCCUUCUCUGCUAAAGCUAAUUUUAUAACAGCUGGGAAAUGAUCUGAAGGUGAAUUUCCUGUUUAAGCACUUCCUAUAAGGCAAGCAUUUUUCAUUUACUUUUUAAUAGCACUUGUUUAAAGAGGACAACAUGUUGGCUAAAUGCUGCUGGCUGGGAGAAAAUAAAGGCCAAAUUCACAGGAUUAUUUUUGAUCUAUAUUGUUUCCUCACUGAUCUGCAGUGAAGUGUAAACUCUAUUCACAAAUUUCGGGGUUUUCU